AUGGACGCAGGCGGUCUUGCUCAGAUGUCCUACAAUAACUUCCCUUCCAGCAAUGGACUGGGCAUGCCCGGAUCUGGCUUUGCUUCCAGACGGGCAAACGGAGCCAAUCUCAAGCAUCUCUCCUUCCAAACCACAAAAUCGCCCGGUCCUCAGGAUAAUGGGGCUCCGACCCCUCGAACCUCCCGGUCUCAUUUGCUGGCCGGGUUAAGGACGGCUCCAAAAUCUGCCACUUCCAGCACGUUCCCCUCCACGGCCCCUCCAACGCAGCUGCAACACAACACUGGACUUAGUGCAAGCGUCUAUGCAGACAAGGAAACGUAUGGCGGCCCGAAGACUUCGAACUUCCAGCACCAGCAGAAUGGCUACAAUCAGAUGAACGCCCCUCGUCAGAUGUACUCGGUCCCGGAGCAAAUUCUUGCACCGCCCGAGAUCCAUAUCGACGAACAGAGCCAAGAGCAAAUGGACCCCAACCUCUACGCUCAACUGGUUGCUACCAACAUGUACCUUGCCGAACAGCAACAGCGUCUCCAGCAGCAACUCAUGAACGUGCAAGCAGCUGCUCAGCAGUUCCAAGGCAUGAACUUGGGCCUAGGCUCUCAGCAACAGUUCGCCACUCCUCCGGUCACUCCACAGAAGUUGGGACUUUAUCAGCACCAGCAGCAGAUGAAGAACAACAUGCAGCCGAUCAUCACGCCAGUUAUGGGCGCCCAACCUGGUAUCUACUCAUAUUUCAACCCGAUGACCGGGCAACAGAGCUACUUCAUGGAUCAGACGGGUCAGCAGAGCCAGUACAUGGAUCAACAAGCUGUCCAGCCUCCAACCAACUACUCACCACCGCAGCAGCCUGGUACGCCGACCUUCCAAGUCUCUCCCCCUCCACAGUCCGAUGCACCCACAUUUGCGCGAAGCAUUAGUCCACCAAAGAAGUCACAGUCUCCCCCACAGGACCAUGCUCCGUUACCGCCUCCCUCUGCUGGCGCUUUCCGUCGCGGACAUCGCAAGUCGAACUCGAUGGCCAUAGGAAUUGAUAAUGCGGUUCCAGUCGAUGGGCCACGGUCAGCUAUUUUGCCAAAGACUCAAGGUUUCCCGUCAACGCCUCUUGCUGCCGGCUUUGGUCCAGGCCAAGCGCGAGCGGGCGAACACCCGAUCCGCCAACCCCGUGGCCCUCCUCCUUUGGAUGAGUUGAUUACCAAGCCCACCACCAAGUUCGAGGGUAGCAAGAACUUUGCUACUCGCACACGCCGAAACGCCGUCCAUAACCUUGUCCGUGCGGGAAUGGAACGCCGCCGAGCGCCUGGGAGCGGCUCUGGUAGCAUGUCUCCUGUGUCUGAGGCUGGCGAGAUCACAUUCUCCGUCUCGUCGGACAACGAUUCUGAUAGCGGUCGCAGCGGAAGCGGAAGUCUUUCCGGCCGACCCAGUCUUGGUGGUUCGCGCGGUUCGACUCAUGGCGCUAUCGGUUCCGAUCGCCCAUCAUCCCGUCACAAGGAGCGCUCUCUGGAGCGGAAAUCUGUGGCGUCGGUGGACAGCAGCUUCACCACUGCUAGUGUCAGCAGUGAUGAGGGCCAAUCAGUUGGGGGUAGCUUUGCAGCUGUAUUCAAAAAUGGCGGCAAGAAGCCAGAGCCUAGUGACAAUCAGCGGAAGGCACCAAUGCUUGUUCUCACGUCCGUUGAAAAGCGAAAAUGCCCUGUCGCCUAA